AACAAGAUGGCGGCUGGUGGUUGAGGCAUGGAGCCGUUCAUUCAGUUGAGUUACAACGAACAGUGCCCCAAGAAAACUGCCAAGCUUCCAGAAAUAGCAUUAGUCAAUAAAGGAAAAGUUCCUGAAUGCUUUUGGCUAGCUUUGUUGGAGAGAAAGUGCCCAGAAGGGCUUGGUGAAGUUAGUGAAGGAUUGGUGAAUGAUGAAAACCUUACACCAGCAGACUUUCUCGAUGAUCUGAAUGUAUCACCAGACAUUUGUGCCUCCCCACAAACAAAAAUCAGCAAUGCUUGUUGCACAGAUUUUAAGACAGAGAAUGGUGAUCAGUUUAAGACACCAGUAACCUCAAGAUACAGUCACAAAAUUACUGAGACACCAUGUUUAUUCUCUCAGGAUGAAUCAACUACAUGUAUUUACAGCCCAACAUCAAGUAAGUAUUCCAGAUGUCUUGACAUGAAAUGA